AUGUGUAGGCUGCAGGAGUUCGGCAUGAAUAACGCGGGCAUGAGGAUGGUGACCCGCAGCGGGAGCCGGAGCCGGGGAUCUGGGGCCGGACCGAGAGGGAGUGGGGAGGAGGCCGCGCCGCUCCAAAGAGGAGAGGCGGCUGCAGAAAGAAGGAAAGACUGCCACCCUGUGAAGCGUCAGCGGAAGGCACAAAGUUUGAAUGUGGCCUAUGAGACCUCAGAUGGUGAGAAAGGAGAGGGGACCAAGCCGCUCAAGGUGCCAAGCUGGGAGCCUCAGGACUGGCAGCAGCAGCUGGCAAAUAUCCGCACCAUGAGGAGUGAGAAGGAUGCACCUGUGGACCAGCUGGGGGCUGAGCACUGUUAUGAUCCCAGUGCGCCCCCAAAGGUGCGGAGGUACCAGGUGCUGCUGUCACUGAUGCUCUCCAGCCAGACCAAAGACCAGGUGACAGCAGGUGCCAUGCAACGGCUGAAGGCUCGGGGCCUAACGGUGGACAGCAUCCUUCAGACAGAUGACAGCACACUGGGCACACUCAUCUACCCUGUGGGCUUCUGGAGGAACAAGGUGAAGUACAUCAAGCAGACCAGUGCCAUCCUGCAGCAGAACUAUGAUGGGGACAUCCCAGCCUCUGUGGCAGAACUGGUAGCACUGCCAGGCGUCGGACCCAAAAUGGCACACUUGGCUAUGGCUGUGGCCUGGGGUACUGUGUCAGGCAUUGCAGUGGACACACACGUGCACAGAAUUGCCAACCGACUCAGAUGGACCAAGAAGGUGACCAAGUCUCCAGAGGAGACUCGUGCAGCCCUGGAGGAGUGGCUGCCCAGGGACCUGUGGAGUGAGAUUAACGGACUCUUGGUGGGCUUUGGCCAGCAGAUCUGUCUGCCUGUCCGCCCGCGAUGCCAAGCCUGCCUCAACCAGGCGCUGUGCCCAGCUGCACAGGGACUCUGAAGGCCAUGUCUAGUCUGCAACUUUGCUGGGGAGCUGCAGCCUGUUCGUAAUAAAGAUGGGGGGUU